UUGAAAUUUUUAAAUCUUUAAUGAAUAUGAUGAGUAAUGAUCUUAAUUCUAUCAGUAAUGAUUUUCCAAUAUUUUAUCGUUUUUCUGUGAAAAAACGAAAACAAAUAAUAAAGAAAAUAUAUGAAUUGGAAUUAAAAGUACAAGAAUUUUUAUUGGUGAUUGGAGUUAUAGCCUUUGUGUUUGAUGAUGAGAUUAACCAUAUUAAUCAAAUGAUUCAUAAUCUUAAAUAUUCAAGAAUUAUGUUACGCAGUAAUAUUCGAAAGGUUUUGGUGGAAAUAACAAAGUUUUUGAACGACAUUGAUAAGAGUUCCAUUGUUGAAAC